UGUGGACGUCUUCUCAUUGACGCGUCAUUGACGCUUUCGAGCUUCCGUAGAUAUGUCAUGCGGAAACACGGCAGCAUAGCCGUCAGCGCUUUUUUUCGAGCCAUCCUUUUAUGCAAGUAAUGUUAAUGAGGUGAAAAUAGGAAUGCCAAUGACGACUGGAAACGACUACCGCUCCAUCUUUCAUUUGUGCCCAAAUGAUGAGGCUUUGAUUGGACUGAAAAAAGUGAACCCCGUCCUAAAGCAGGCUGUAAACAUUGACCCAGUCGCAGACGAGUUGGAAGACAAAUCACCAGAAGAUGACAGACAGCGGGAGUCCAGCCUGGUUAGAGAGGUGUCCGACAAGAUGGUCUGCUCAGCCUGCAAAUGCCUCUUUAUUGCUCGUGAGGAACAGAUAGAGCACUACAAGCUUGACUGGCAUCGCUUCAACUUGAGACUAAAGAUUUCGGGAAUGCCACCAGUCACAGCUGAAGAGUUUGAGAGGAAGACUGGAGCUGGAGACAUGUCAAGUAUCUCAGGCUCAGAGUCUGAUUCAGAAGAGGACGACUCAGAUAGUGAGAGUGGGGGAACAAGCAGCAACGUCACUGGCACUGAUAAUGAGAGCUCAGUUGAAACCAGUUUAUUUACUGGCCGGCCCUCCAACAAGGUGUUUUUCCAGAACUCAGUCGGGCAAUAUCUUUCAGUGUUCCGCUGCAUUCUGCAGGGACAGUCAGAUGAUGAUCAAGAUGCAGUGUCCUCCCUGAAGGCCAUAAGUAAGAAAACUGUGUGGGUCAUUCUCAUGACAGGUGGAGGACACUUUGCUGGUGCUGUAUUCCAAGGAAAAGAAGUCCUUCAGCACAAGACCUUCCACCGAUACACGGUGCGAGCGAAGCGAGGCACUGCCCAAGGACUCAGAGACUCUCAGAACCGCAGUCACACGCCCAAGUCUGCAGGAGCUGCUCUGAGGCGACACAAUGAGGCGGCACUAGUCAAGGAGAUUCAGGAUCUUCUGGCUAGCUGGGCUGAACACUUGAAAGAGGCCUCUGCAAUAUUUGUACGAGCCCCCAGCUACAAUAAAAGCAUCUUUUUUGGUGGUCGUGCAGCUCCUUUUGACAAAAAAGAUCCCAGGAUCCACACAGUUCCAUUUGCCACUCGCAGGGCAACCUUUCGAGAGGCACAGAGGGUACACGAGGUGCUUUCCACCCUCCAUGUUUAUGGGAAAGACACAGACAUGUCUGCAGUUUUCAGUCCAUCUAAGAAGGCCUGGAAAAAAUCUGUUAAACUCACAGCACAAAUAAAUACCGGUCAAGAGAAAGCAGAAGAAAACGAAAAACACGAUAGCUCUGAUGAAGUAGAGGGUGGAGAGAUCCAGCUGGAGAUGGUGGAGUCGACAAUAGGAACUCUGGACCUCAGGGAGUCUGAGAUCUAUCCCUCCAGACACAGGAGGAGGAGGAGGAGGAUGAGGAAGAAGGAGGAACCCAAACUGCAAAAUGAGGAAUUGACUAACACAGAAGCAGACAAUCAAGAAGAGGAAGUGCCAGAGGCUGCGCCGGCAGAAGACGCACCUCAAGAGGCGCAAUCAAAGAACAAGAGGAAGAGGAAAGCACAGAGUAAGAAACAACUGGAAGAAAUUGUUGAUGAGUCGUCGGAGUACGGCCUGAGGGAUGAAGUGUUUACAGCCUGUAAGGUUGGGGAUACAGAUACUCUACGUAGAGUCCUUCAGCUACCUGGAGAAAUGUCAGAGAGUCGAGAGCAGUUGGACAGCAACCGUUCUGAUGUCCCAAGUCCUCUAAGUCUCCUUAAUAAGCCCAUAGACUCGUCAGGGUUCACUUUGCUGCAUGUAGCCUCAGCAGCUGCACAAAAGGCAGUGGUCCGGCUGCUGCUGGACGCAGGAGCAGACCCAGCCUGCAGGGAUAACAAAGGGCAGACCUCGUAUAUCGUCGCCCCUGACAAAGACACAAGGAAUGUGUUUCGUAAAUACAUGGGUGAGAAUCCUGACAAAUAUGACUACAGCAAGGCGCAGGUCCCUGGGCCACUAACGGCAGAGAUUGAAUCCAAAAAGACGGAGAAGAAAAAGGCACAAAAGGCACUGAGAAAACAGCGCGAAAAAGAGCAGAAGGAGGAAAAGAGGAAACAAGAGUUGGAGGCAGAGGAAAAGAAGAGGUUUGCAUCUCUGACUGAUCGUGAAAAGAGAGCUCUGGCAGCAGAGAGGAGGUUAGCGGAGCAAGUUGCUGCAACAGGAGUCGGCCUCUCUAAUGUGAAGAGGUGCUGGUUGUGUGGAGAGUCUCUGCUUGGGAAGAUCCCAUUUCAGUAUCUAGAGUAUUCCUUCUGCACCCCUCGCUGUGUCCAGGCACAUCGAAAAGCCAACACUCUUCCAGGCAAGACCUAACCCCCAUGUAUAUAACACCCAUUUGGAAAAUUUCAGUUAAAAGGAAGCUACCUCAUUAAAUCUAAAAGUGAAUUUGUGCAGCCUUGAAAGAAUACUAAUAUGGCUGUCUUGUCAGUGUGCUAGUUUCAUUUUCAACUCUAAAAUUACAUUUUUAACAGUUUAUUAUGGCAGAUGAUCUCAGAUAACUGGAUGCAUAUACUGUAUGAAAACAUUACGUAAUAAAUGUAUAAUUUAUUCACAGUA